AUGGCGCCGGCGAAUGAGCGCGGCUCGCGCACCGUCCACACCGCGGCCUGCUUGAUCAUCGGCGAUGAGACCAACUCGGCGCACAUGGCAAAAUGGUGCUUCGCUCUGGGAGUUAGCCUGAAGCGAAUCGAGGUGAUCGAGGACGAUGAGAGCGAGAUUAUGGAGGCGGUUCGUCGGAUGAGCGAUCGUUACGACUUUGUUGUCACCAGCGGCGGAAUUGGGCCAACGCACGACGACAUCACCUAUCAGUCCAUUGCCAAGGCGUUUAGUCUGCCCCUCAAGCUACACAAGGAGGCGUUUGACAAGAUGAAGAAGCUGUCCAAGCCUCAUCCUUCCCAGCCCAAUUUCAGCUGGGACACCGACUCACCCGCUCUCAAGGCUAAGCUGCGCAUGGUUGAGCUGCCGACGGACGAGUCUCGGGACUUGGGCGAGCAAUUCAUCUUUCCCCACGACGAUCUUUGGGUUCCCGUCGCCGUCGUCAACGGAAACAUUCAUAUUCUUCCGGGUGUCCCGAGGCUGUUCGUGAAGCUACUUGACGGACUGAAGCCGCACAUUCUUCCGAGGCUUGUCGACCCGGAGGGCAAGGGAACCACGAGGGUGUUGAUAUCAACGCCCCUUGCCGAGAGCGAGAUUGCCGCCUAUCUCACGGAGCUGGCGGCCAAGGUUGAGCCCAAGGGCGUCAAGGUCGGGAGCUACCCGCGGUGGGGCAAAUCACGAAACACGGUUACACUCGUCGGGAGAGACCACGCGUUCCUGGACAGCAUAGUAGCCGAGGUGGCGGAGAAUGUCCGGGGCAAGCGGGUCACGACCGAGAGCGACGAUGACGAAGCCGGCACCGGGACGGACAAGAAUGCCUGA